AUGGCAAUGAAGCAUCAAGAACAGAACACAGACAAGCUUUCUUGCAUUCUUCAGGCCAGCAGAGAAUUAAAAGGCACCCCUUAUAGAUUUCCUCAUGGGAACACCAAGGAGAUCUCCAACAUGAGAUGCCAGUCCUUGGGCAAACCCAUGGACAUAUCACACAACAUAUUCCAAAGAAUUCAGCCUCAUGUUUAUUCGUGGACAAAGAUUUAUGGGAUGAAUUUUCUAAAUUGGCAUGGUUCACAAGCCCAACUGUUUGUUACGGAACCAGAGCUAAUCAGAGAAAUACUGAACAACAGAGAAGGUGCUUAUCCAAAAAUGGACAUGGCAGGCUAUUCAAAAAAAAAUAGAAUGAUUCCAGAAAUGAGCAUCAGUGUUGAGAUGAUGCUAGAAAGGUGGAUACAUUAUGAAGGAAAAGAGAUCAACGUGCAUAAAGAAUUUGAGGUAUGA